AUGGAUCCUCUUUGGGUACGCACAGAAGAUGACCCGAGAACUUGUCGUGCAUGCGGCCGUUCCGGAAAACACGAAGAGUACACUUCAUAUCAGUGCGCCGUCUUCGACAGGAAUGCCGCCCGCGCAGGGCUGGUCCUCGCCGAGAAGGCAUAUUGGCAAAACCAAGAGAUGAGAGGCGACGCCGCCGUUGUUCUCACACGUCUCAUCAACGGACUAGACAACCAGGACGCGAUGAUCGAGCAGCUGCGCGAGGCCCUCGCCAUUGCCGAGACGCAUCGAGUCGAAAUGGAUGACGCGCUGAGGCUGCAAGAAUCCGCCAUCAAGCACAUGGACAGGCAGUCGAUUACCCUGGUCGACAGCAUCAGGGCGGCCAAGAAACGCUUCGACGACGAGACGAGGGCGCUCUGGCGAGCCGGCGAGAGAGACUCUCUGUUUGACGGGGACAUGGGCGACGAUGAGCGUGUGCAUGCCCGCGAGGCGCAGUUCUGGGACUCGGAAACUGAGUGGUGGGAUGAGGAAUGGGAUGAAGACGACCCCGAGGACUUGCGUCCCGCCCAGGAACGGCGCUAUGAUGAUUGGACGACUCAGUAUGAAGAGGAGAGAUGGGAGAAACGGGAGGAAUUGGGUCGCGACUAUCGUCGAACUCGUGGACGACUUUUUAGAGGGUUACGUCAAGCCUACGAAUCACGGAGGAAUCACCGAAACGCUGGCGCCAGAGACGGAAAUGCGAGAGGAAGCCACGGCAGGGUCAAACAAGAGGAGGAGGGCAGCAGACCGCCCCUGCCCGCGAGAGACCCAGCCGACGGAAGGCAGCGCAUGGCGAGCGAGCAGACGCGCAGGCGGAGCAGGGUCGAGGCGUGGGCCGCGGGCGUGCAGACACCGACGCCAGGCCCGUCGGUCAAACGGGAGGACUACGAAGAAGACGACCUCACGGAUGACGACGACGACGAGGACGUCUACGAGGACGACUGGGACGAGGCGGAGGCGGAGAAGCGCGAGGGGUAUUCGCUCCCGCCGCUCGCCGGCGUGCCGCCGGCUUUCGUGAAGCGCGAAGAGACCGCGGACGAGGUCCUGCCCAUCGCCGUGGACGCCUCGGACCGGGCGCAGGUCAAGCAGGAGUCGGAGCCGGAACCGGACCCGUCCAGGAUCCAACGGGGGAACAGCAGCCGCCAUUUCGGAGGCGGGCCGGCGGCCGCUGAGGCCUCGACUGCGUCGGCGGGCCGACCGCAGCGGACUACGAGACGGACACGGAGGACGCAGCCUUACCCCAAUUGA